AUGACAAUAACGGACAACUUCUCGUCAAGAAUUGACCUGGUAAUUGGUGGAUUCUUUGGAGUCAACAUAACCGAUGGCGGCUGGAGCACAGCUACUGCUAUCCCCGCGCUUGAAAUGGCGCUCGAUCACGUGAACAGUGAUCCAAAUGUUCUGACAAACUACAAGCUCAAAUAUGUAUGGCGUGAUUCUAAGGUAAGAAAAAUGCCUUAUAAAAUUGAAAGGGACAAGUUUAAUGAUUUAGCCCAGAUUAUGCACUUUUGGAACAUAGCUAGGAUUUUUCAAAAGACUGGUUACUCCUCGUCACUCCCAGGGUACUUACCAGAUUGUCAUACUAAAAUCAAGGCUGUGUUUUAGUGAAAAUGACAUCCAUUAGGGAGUUUAAGAUACCACGACGUUGACGGCCACGAAAAUCUCGCUUAAAAAGUGAAUUUGCGUUCUUUCAAUAGCUUAUGCUUCAAUGUAAGCGAACUCUUUUGAGCCGAAUUCCUAAGAACCAUAUUCAACUUCAGAAAGAGAAAGAAAGUUCGGCCGUCGCUUGUUUACGUCCCUCAUAAAACGUGAAAUUAGGCAUUUUUAUUUCUCAUUUCAUUUCGUUUAUUGGUUUAUUCAAAUAUUUACAAUUUUAUUUUUUCCCUGCCCACAAACAGCAAAGGCUAGUCUAGGUGGGCAGUGUUUAUAUAAAACAAAACGAGCCCUCCAAAUGGUAUUAUAUUAAAUUAACAGAUCAGCACAAGUUAUUUAAGCUUAUAUAAGUAUAUUAAGUUGUACAAAAGGCAAGGAACAGAAGAAAGGUUACGUUAACAACAAAGCUGAGAUUAACUGGAUUACAGAAUAUAAGUCAGAAGCUUACAAGUACACUAUUAAGAUGAUUGCAAGAUAACAAGUGGGUAAUUAAAAAGUACGGACGAUUCUGAACAUGUCUCAUUUUUCCUAAUAAGGUAGGUAGAUCAGGAUAGUCGUUUGUUUGUGAAAGGAUUUGAAGUAAGCAGCCAUGUAUUUUCUUUUUGAAGCGUUGUUUUGGGAGAUUUCUAAUAGUCGGAGGUAUGCAAUUCAAAAUUUUGGCCCGCAAAAUAUUUCUCGUCGUAGCUCGUGCAGUGACGGCAAGAAAUGUACAAAAAAAAUGGAAAUAUUGUCACCGCAAACAACCUGUGGAAAAUAGAUAUCAUUAUUCAAAGAAAGCGACUUAUAGGGUUUUAGCUUGAGCUUUGGAUAAUUUUAAUUUUCUAACCUAAGUUUUUGCGAAAAAGGGAAAGGGAUACCUCUCACAAGGGGGGGGGGGGGGGGGGGGCGGGGAUCAUGGGCACCCCAAGACCCCCUCUAGCUCCGCCCGUGCAGUUUUCAGAGAAAAUGAAUACGUUCUUCACUUUAUUGAUGGACAAAGGCUAUUUUAAACGGGUAUCCUUGGUGAAACAUUAAAUUCUGCAAGCAGAACACUGCGAUGCUGAUCGUACUAAGAGAAAAUUAACUUUGCAAGACAUCAACACGACACCGAAAGAACCCAAAACAGAGCGGGAUUGUAGCAAUAGACAGCUGUUUCCUCAUUGAAAGACGCCUUUUAAAAUUAUAUAUAUGCACAGCAACUUAAGACAUGGGGUAAAAACACUUCUUUUGGAUUUUGAAGAAGUAGUAAAUCUUGAUGACACUGUCUUUUUGAACAAGGGCAAAAUUUGUAUCUUCUAGCUUUAUUUUUUAGUGUGAAAGUGGAGUGGCCAUCCGAGCUAUGUUAGACUUGAUCAACACACCACCGCACAAGAUUGUUUUCUUGGGACCUGGAUGCUCGAUAGCAACCAAGCCUAUUGCUGAAGCCGCGUCUUACUGGCAAGCAGUGCAAGUAAGUGUUCGUAACAAAUCAAACAAAAUAAUAAGCAAAAAAAUGAAAAACAAGAAGCAAAUAAAACAAACAAUAAAAACAAUGAAACAAGUUAGCUGUACUAAAAGGAAAACAAAAAAAAAUUAAAACACAACAAAAGAGGAGUCCGUUUGUUUUUUCGCAUUUUACUGGAGAGCGAGCAUCAGCCGGAGGCAGCACGCAUUUUUUUUUCUGUCAAAGGUAAAACUCCAAAUUUCUUCCCCGAUGUCAGAAGACAGGCAUGUCAGUGAUAAUUUAAUAAGAACUGGUCCAGGGGGGAGGAGGUUGAAAGUGUCAAGGGGACAAUUUGCUUGAUUUAGACUCUCUCUGCCAGAUACUUUCUUUAAAACAUGAGAUGUUAUCACGUUUCUCUUUGUUUUCAGAUUGGGUACAGCGCUUCUUCACCAUCGUUAUCAAAUAAAGAGAAGUAUCCCCUUUAUUUCAGAACAAGUACUUCAGAAAUAAUAGAAAAUCCAGCUAGAGUAGCGCUACUCAAGCACUUUAAAUGGAAAAGGGUAGCUCUCAUUGUACAGCAAGCGGACAUUUUCGAGUUGGUAAUUAAAAAAGGAAGUCUAAUAUUCAUUAGGUACUUGGAAUGAAGGAUGUGAAAAGUUUGGCUGCUUUUUCCUUUUUGUUUGACUAGAAGAGAGAAUUGUGUGAUUUUGUCGAAUUUAAGUGUAAUCGCAUAAUAAUCGAUAAUCGCAAGAUUAAAUUUGCCCGUAACUUCAAAACACUAAGCCCAUCUACACAGCUCGCCAUAACAAGAUCAGGUUUUUGCGACCAUUAAAUACUUCUACAUCAGUACUUCAGUACUUCUACAUCAUAGCUAUUUUUCUGGAGCAUUCUCAUUCUGGUUGGUUUCACAAGUGGUUAUAGCUUUUGAUAUCUGGUUUAACGGAGCACUUCCAUGUAAUGGUGGAAGUGCCUUUCUGUGCCUGCGCACAUCAAUUCGACCAUUCAGAAGGAAAGCUAAGGAAAGAUCUAACCAUUUUUAAAUGGUUGAAAAAUCUUCUUAAAAUCUUCCUUAAGCCCAAGUGGAGCUUGAGUUGAGCAUCAAGAAAGAAUCGAAAAAAUUUAAGGUCAUGGUUAUUGAAGAAAAAUGUUCUUGAUUCGGGCAAGGACACAAUAAUUUCUAUUUUGAUUCCUAAAGGUCCCAUUGGAAGGUGGUACGAUAAGCGAUGACAUUUUAUACAUGUUUUUAACAACUUAACUUCUUUUGUUAUGCACAGACGGUAGAUGACUUUAUCCCGAUGUUGAGGGAAUCGAACAUCACUGUAAUAGCAACAGAAACCUUCCAAAACGAUCCAUCUUCGUCGGUUAAAUAUCUUCUGAAGGUAAAAUGACAGCAAUGAAUAUCAGCUAGCUUUAUGCAUGUUUCAACUUUUGUGGGAAUUCUUCUUUAGUACUCUGAGCGCACUAAAAAAUUGCCUCCCUUUCACUUACAUUUUUUCCGAACACAUAAUUAAGAAAAUGCAAGUGACUCGACAGAUAUUGCUUGUUUUCAGUGUCACGCCAUUCAAAAUAGAUCAAAGUAAAAAUCAAAACCGUUCAAUAGAUAAAGUCCAGAAUCUGGGAAAUGAAAGGAGGGACAUAUACAAAGACCCUCGCUAAGAUUCAGGACAGAGGAAUAUUUCGUAUACGAGAUGUCCGAAGAAAUGUUUUACCCAAACUUAUAGAGAUUUGUAUGGAGACGCCAUGCUGGUACUCACCUGGAUGAGCUCCAACAUGGCGGACGGAAACCAACAGAAACAUCUGUUACCGAGUUUUGCUACAAAAGCGUGAAUUUAUUCUUCGAGAAACUCAUAAACAUUAAAGUAACACUUUUUCUAAUGCAUGAACUGUUUAGAUAGCAAAAUCUCCUGAAAAAAGUUAUUUUUUUAACCUACAUGACAGCUCUCUUGGCCGUCAUGUAAAUGCCGCGUCACGCUAAAGCUUAGAAAUUCAAGCGUACUCUAUCACAAAACCAAGAACGCUUUUGAAGCAAAAAUUUGUAUGAAAAUUAGUUUUCAGCUGUUCUAAUGCAUCGUGAAAGUAAACUCUCGGUAGGAUCGAUAGUUUUUUAGUUUGAUUUUUAAUGACGUCAUGUGAAAACCAACAAUUCAUUGUAUGCCACAUGAAACCACUGUAUAACUCAUUUAUUUUUCUUUAUUGUUGUUGCUAAGUCGUGCUAAUUAUGGAUUUGUAUCUUUAAGAAAAGAGAUGCCAGGAUAAUUAUUGGUUUGAUGUAUGACGGCAUGUACAGAAAAGCCAUGUGCACAGUAAGUAAAAUAUCUCUUUUAUUUUGUGAAAGGUUCGAUCCCAGGAGUCAUUUCAUAAGUAAGCAUGGUCGUCCAGGUGAUCGUAGUACAGAAUAGGACUGUUAUUGACAGUGACCGACAUUUCAACAACCUGUGCGGUAGUCAUUUUUAGAGUCUAACUGAGUUGCAUCAUGUCAGUUUAUGGUAUAGAACUCUGGUUAUGACUGACCUGAUUGGUCAUGAUGGCGAUGUUUAUUGGUCGUCUGUCAGCCGGCCAUGAAGACUCUUUAAUGUCAUUGGUGCGUUUCGAUCCUUUUUUUUGCCAACGUUGAACAGUCCCUUAUUGUUAGCCAAAUUGUCGGUCAUCAGACUUUUGCCACUUGCACAUCUCCCAAAAUACAACGUGUUUGCCCCCAAAUUUUGCAUAAGCAUUGUUUUCAAUUUCUCUUUGGACGGCUGUAAUACCCAGGAGAAAUGAAAAACAAAGGUUGUAACUGGCUAUACAGCAUUCAAAGGUAGAAUUGAUAGCAUUAAAAAUGGCUACAAUAGACUCCGUUGCAAAAUGAUGAUAUUUUAAACCUAUGAUGUAUGAUGUUAGCACACUUUGUGUGCAUAAACAUUAUGUGACUGUGUAUUUUUCACAUGAAAUGUCAAUGGAUGAUGCAUCAACAAACGAAAUGAUGGAGAAGGGUGUGUGUGUGUGUGGGGGGGGAGAGGCUCAUGGUAUUUUGGGUUAUGGGUUAUGGAAUGAAGGGGUGGGCAAAGAAAAAAUAAUACCAAAUAAUAAGGGGGUUGGCUUCCAAAAAUUGCAUGUGGGAAAACUUAGCUCACCAUAGCCCUCCCCCCCUCUACGUACAUUAUGAACCCUCCUUAAGAAGCUUAUGCUUAUGUGGUGGUGUAUUUUUAUUUCCUUGCACAAAUAAUAUCUUCUAAAAUUAAUAAGCAUGUAAACGUAUACGCAUAUGCAGCAAAUACUUUGAAUUAUUUUAAUACAUAAUUUAUUUGUUAUCUAAUCUGACGUGAGAGUCUCUGAGCAAUUGGGGGAUUUGCAGUGUCUCACCGAAGGACAGAUGAAAUAUCAUGCGUUAGGAACCAAGACUGUGUUAAUUGUCAUAAAGUACCGACAAAGGGACUCGCCAUGUUUUUUCUAUAGUCCUAAUUUAUGUUGUAUUGCCGGGACCUUAUAAGUCGGGACCUAGUUGGAUGUCUCACCUAAAAAGUUGAUUUACUCCUAGGCUUAUAGAGAGCAGCUUUAUGGAAGCAGAUACGUAUGGAUCAUUGUUGGAUGGUAUCAAGAUGACUGGUGGACAGUAAAAGACGUGGAAUGUGAAGGGAAACAGUUAAAAGAAGCCGCCACAAACGUGAUUGAAACUCGUCCAAUUUUGCUCAGUACGUCACGUGAGUCUACAAUAUCCGGUAAGGUAAGUGCUUUGGGAAUAAUGAACACUCGUCACUUUUUUCGCACCAUUUUCAUUCACUCGAUGGAGUUUGCUCAGCAGCUAAUAAUUAGCCUCUUGCCUCAUAAGUGUGUCCUUACUGCACUAAAGCCACUGCCUGUUUUGAUCGCGAGGUGUACAUGUUGUGGUUUGUUUUCAACAGAUUUUCCUUUGUUGUAAACUUUUUGUCAUACACUGCAAUACCCAAAAAUAAGGUAAAAAAUACUUUUAACCAUGGAUAAAAUUAAAAUAUAUCAUGUAUGGGUUAUCCUCGCUUUGAAGUUUAUUUCCCUUCGUUUCAAACUGAGCCCGAUCAUACACUGUAUGAAGCGAUUUAUUGUAUUAGAAUUCGUAAAAGAAAUAUUCUGUGAUCUUGAAAUAAGUCGAAUUUCACCUGAGACAAUGCCACUUCAAAACUGGAUAAUACUUCCUUGCGUGACCUGGACAAAAGUCGAUUGAUGAAAGGACCGGCAUUGCAUUGGUAAGUGUAUGACUGCCCCAUCUAAGCUAAAAAUUUCCAGAAAAGAAGAUACAUUCACUAGUUACACCCGCCUGCCACGAAUGCUGUGUGAGUGAGAACUCUGCCUCUGCUCUUAGAAGGCUCAAGGCGUAUCUACAAACAACUAUUUCGCAUGCAGGAAAUAUUGAAUCACUGCAUGAUUCUCCACGUUGACAAGGAAAUGACUGAAAAAUUGAACAUGUCGGACAUUGGAAACCAGUUUGUUUCAUAUCAAAUGACAGGCAAAAUCGCUUUGGAAAAUUCGGUGUCAAUUAAAACUUUCUCAAAUCCUGUAUUGAACGCUAAAACAAAAUGACAAUUGAUCAUUUCUACGAAAGCAUUUACACAUGUAAGUUUGAUCAGUUUUUUUUGCUAAUUUGGAAAAGGUCUUCAAGUUUUUCUUACUUCGUUGACCACAAGAAAUUCUGGUGUUUUCCAAAUUUUAGUGUUCAGAUUGCACCAGAUUGCAUCUUAGAACACUUAAAUUUUCAAAAUUUCCCGGGUGAUCAUGCCCCCGGACCCCCUAGUUUCUUCACUGGCGCUAUCGUGACAAUAUUACACAUAUGAUGAAGAGAAAAGUAUUAGAAUUACAUUUCAGACUCCUAGACAACUAAACUCAGAGUACGAAACGCGUCUUGGGCGUUUGAACAUCAGCCACCACUAUUCGGCUUUCAUUUAUGAUGCCGCCUGGAGCAUCGCUUUAAUGUUGAACAAAUCUAUUCCACUGCUGCGAGAAAAGAACAAAACGCUGGAAGGUAUGGAUUACGGCGAUGCAGAUGGUGCUCAGAUGAUGAGAGACAUUCUGUUUCGAACAGACUUCUGGGGCAUGUCGGUAUGUUAACUUGUUUGUGGAACCAUGAUUAUAAACAAUUAUUGGAUGAGGUUUUUGUGAUAUCCAGAAUAAUCAAGGUCGAAGUAGGGGUUAUCAGCCAAAGCCCAAGGCUGAGGCUGAUAACCCUUACCGAGACCUUAAUUAUUCUGAAUAUCACAUAAACCGAAUCUAAUAAUUGUUUUAUUAUACAUUGAACGAAUCUUUUCUUUCUCGCUUCCACACAACAUGUUUUCAAAGUUUGUGCCAACUCUUUCUUUUCCUCAGGUUCUCUCAGUUUUUUGUCUUUCACUUAAUCAGCAAACAGCUCCUUUGCCACCUUCGUUGACCUUUUUGUGUUUGUGGGUCCUUUUCUCCAACUACUUUUUCGAUGUCUUGCUAGGUCAACGAAGCAAACCUGGAAGUCAUGUUUUUGCUUCUUCACUGACGGCAAGCAACACAAAGCGCGCGAACUUGACAUGAUUACCCUUAGAAAUCAUGCACCGCGGUCAUACAUGACACGAUUACCCGUGACCUUAAGUGUUCUUGCCAUGAUUAUUGUAUAAUCUGCAGCUAGAUAACGUCCCAGGCGCUGAUUUCGAAAAUUCACUGUACGCUUUCGGCCAAUCAGAAAAGAGAUAGUGAGUUCAAUGUAUAAUAAUCCUUGUAUUUAUUCGUAAAGUUCGCAGGAACCAACAUUCAAUAAUACAAAAAUAAGUUAUUUUCAGGGUCGUGUCUCAUUUGACGAAGAUGGAAACAGACAAAGUAUUGUCCAGAUUACUCAGAACAAACGUAAGUGAAGAUUGAAAUAAAGGGGAUCUUUGGUCAAGAGAGUGGUUAUAUAAAGCGCCUCUGAUCAAUAAUAUGCUUAAAGGCGCAAUAUCAUUACAGGAGCAAGGAUUAGAACAGUCAGUUAGAGCGCGGCCUUCUACUGGUGCGGGAGUUUUUGAGCUCGAUACCCUGGCGUGACCUCAAAUCCUUGUUUCGACUUCUGUCCUGUUCAUUUAGCUUUAAGUAGCUUCUUGAAAAUAGUCUUAGCACGACCUAGCGCGGAGCAGAGAUGAAUAGAGGGGGUAAAACAAGCUCACCGUUGGCCUCAGGUUUGCCUCUUAUUAUUAAUAGUAAUCAACCGCGAUUAGUAUAUAAUUGAUAAAUUAUGCAUACGUGUGUUAUUAUCUUAUUUGUACUCUACCCUGAAGGACGCGACUGAUAUCCACUCAACUUUUUGAAUGAUAGAGGGAAAGGAACACUUUCUUAAAGAGACGUUUAUUGCUGAUGGAAAUUUUUUAAAAAUGUUCACGCCAAAAUAGUAUUCCUGGACCCCCCUGUUACUCAAUAAUUGAUAACAUGAAGUUUCAUCACGAAUGAAUGGCAACUGAACAAUGACUUUGCGCUAAAUAAGCAACAAAUAACCCUAUUAUAAAUAUGUUUUGUUACUUAUUCAAUUUCUUAGGUGGCAUGAAACACGUUGUUGCUCAGUUUGAUGUCCGGUAUAGAACGUUAACCCUUUAUAACGAAAGUUUUGUCUGGGAAGGUAAGAAGCUACUAUAAUGGUCAUGGAUGAGGUCUCAGAGGGGUAGUAGCUAUGACGGUUGACUGUUAAAUUUUAGGCCGUUUGACGGCUAACGGUUAACCCAAUUGAAACCGUCGUGGAUUAUUGCAUCAUCAUGCCGCCACAUGGUUCUGCAUAAAAAGCUUGUUUCCUUUCCAUUUUAUAAACUUUCAGGCUUCGUGUGACCAUUCAAAUGUACUUUUCAUGCUUGUCGGCUCAAUGUUUGCUCUAUUUAUUUUAGGUGGUCGUGUUCCUGCAGACGGUGUGACGAUCAUUCAAAAGGUGUCACAGGAAAGCAUUUGCGUAACAGUCGUUUUCUGGGUUUUGUGCAGCUGUGGAAUAAUUUUCUGCUUGUGUUGUUUGAUUUUGAACUUUAUUUACCAAACAAACAG